CUCUAUAAGCCAGAGAAAAACUUUCAAAUGAAUCUUGAAUUUGUAUGUCUAUUGUUGCUUCUUCCAUGGCUUAUGGUUGUUGAUCAAUCGACAGCAGCAACAUCUCUAGCAAAGCCUGGCUGUGAAGAGGGUUGUGGGAACCUUACCAUUCCUUAUCCUUUUGGAUUGAGUGUCAGCUGCUCCCUUAAUUCAUGGUACUUAAUCAAGUGCAAUCGAAGUUAUAGUCCUCCUAAAGCUUUCUUGAAUUCAUUUCUGCAAAAACAACUCCAAGGUGAAGUGAAAUCUGUGUCAGUUGAAAACCAAACCAUCACUACCUUACUUUUAAUAAUAAAUUAUUGCAACGGUACAGAUCAAGAAAGUAGAAUCAUCACAAGGGGGACAAAUUUGUCUGGAAGCCCUUUUUAUUACUCAAAAGAUAGGAACAAGUGGAUGUUUGUUGGCAGUGGAAAUGGUCUUGUCACACAGAAAGAAAAUGUUCUAUCGGGAUGUACAUCGAUCUGCACCGAAGGCACAACAUUGACAGGAUGCUAUGGCAUCAACUGUUGCCAAUCUCUUGUCCCUUUUGAUCUGAGCUUAUAUAAAGCAAACUUCACGAACAUGGGGAUUCAGCAAGGGGCUAACCGGAUAUGCAAUGCUGCUUUCUUGGUAGACCAAACUUGGGUUCCAGAUAAAGUUGCAGAACCCAUUGUUGCAGAACCCAUUGUUUUUCUUGCUCCUGUUGUUUGGCUCUGGACUCUAAAAUCCAAGGAGUUAGAGGCCGGGUUGCUGUGCGAAAAAUCUGAGGCUGCUGUUAAGUUGGAAAAUGGUACUUCUGUGGCAAAUUUGCAGUGUCGCUGUGGACCUGGAACACAAGGAAAUCCAUACUUUUUUAAUGGAUGCCAAGCCAUUCAAAGAUGCACCAAUUGCAUAGACGUGUUAUACUACUCGAAGCCAUCUUCCACAAUCAUUCUACUUAGUGUAUUCAUAAGCAUUGGAGUGCUGCUUAUGCUGUUUGGGAGCUAUUUAUUGUACAGAACAUUCAAAAGGAGAAGGAACAAAAGGCAGAAACAAAUGUUUUUUAAACGCAAUGGUGGCCUCUUACUGCAACAGCAGCUAUCAUCCAAUGAAGGGAUUAUUGACAAAGCAAAACUUUUCACUGCUAAAGAACUGGAGAAGGCAACAGACCACUUCAAUGAAAAUCGCAUACUUGGUCGCGGAGGUCAAGGUACAGUAUACAAAGGCAUGUUACCUGAUGGAAACAUUGUAGCAGUGAAAAAGUCCAAGUUGGUAGACGAAAACCAGUUGGAUCGGUUUAUCAACGAGGUUGUUAUUCUUUCACAGAUUAAUCACAGGAAUGUGGUGAAGCUACUCGGCUGUUGUUUGGAAACAGAAGUACCUCUACUUGUAUAUGAGUUUAUAAUUAAUGGCACGCUUUACAGCCUCAUACAUAAUGAGAAUAAUGAGUUUCCCUUUUCAUGGAGCAUGCGUUUGAGAAUUGCCACAGAGGUUGCCGGAUCGUUGGCUUAUCUACAUUCUGCAACUUCUGUUCCAAUCUAUCAUAGGGACAUCAAAUCAAGCAAUAUACUUUUAGACGAAAAAUACCGUGCCAAGGUGUCAGAUUUUGGUACUUCAAGGUCCAUUGCAAUUGAUCAAACUCACCUAACGACUGGAGUUCAAGGGACCUUUGGCUAUUUAGAUCCCGAGUAUUUCCAAUCCAGCCAAUUUACAGAAAAAAGUGAUGUCUAUAGCUUUGGCGUUGUUCUUGCUGAACUCUUAACAGGAAAGAAAGCAAUUUCAACCACAACAAAUGAAGAGAGAAGUUUGGCAACAAAUUUCAUUUCGGCAACAGAUGGAAAUCACCUCGAUACAAUUAUCCAGACAGAAAUUUCACAAGAAGGUAGAAAGGAGGAUAUAAUGGCAGCUGCUAAUAUAGCAUAUCAUUGCUUAAACUUGAACGGUAAGAAAAGGCCAACUAUGAAGGAAGUAACCACAGCACUGGAAGCCAUCAGAUCAAAUGUGCCUUCUGCAGCAGUAACAAAUUUUCAACUAGAAAAGGGUGAUACGGCAGAAAGCUCGGUCAUAUCAGAAGCUAACUACACAUGGACUAACACAAAUAGUACCUCAUCAUCAGAUAUCCAUCCAUUGUUGUUUGAAACUAGUUGAUUUAUAUUUCGACACAAGGUAUAUCAGAGCUUGUCACCAAGUAAAAGUUUUUUAGCCAGGGGACAAAGUCAUAGCUUUAUUUUUCAAAUUUCUCUACUUUUCUCAUGGUGCUGUAAGGAUUGUCUAUGGCUAUAUAUACUUGAAGGGUAUGCAGGUCUAACUGAAUAUUUAUUUUC